AUGUCGAGAUCAACAUGUCUUUGUAGAGAUUUACUAAAUCCCACCUUGGAAGAGGAAAAGAAAAAACAUCAAAAGCAAUGGCUAGUUCAAAGUUCAAAUUCUUAUUUUAUAGAUAUCAAAUGUUCAGGUUGUUAUGAUAUCACCACGGUUUUCAGUCAUGCCCAGAAAACAGUGGCUUUUUGUGUAGGUUGUUCAAUGGUGUUGUGCAAGCCAACAGGAAGAAAGGCUAGACUCACAGAAGGAUGUUCAUUUAGAAGAAAGCAACACCAAUGA